AUGUUAUACCAGCGCAUCCCUCCCUCCCACCCUCCCUCAGGGCCAACUCAGUACCCUAGGGCUCAGUCCCAUGCAAACAAGCCAACCUCCACCCGAAGGUUCAGUCCAAUGCAAGCAUGCCAGCCCUCACCCGAAGGCUCAGUCCUAUGCAAGCAUGCCAUCCCUCACCCGAAGGCUCAGUCCUAUGCAAGCAUGCCAACCCUCACCCGAAGGCUCAGUCCUAUGCAAGCAUGCCAACCCUCACCCGAAGGCUCAGUCCUAUGCAAGCAUGCCAGCCCUCACCCGAAGGCUCAGUCCUAUGCAAGCAUGCCAAGCCCUCACCCGAAGGCUCAGUCCAAUGCAAGCAUGCCAACCCUCACCCGAAGGCUCAGUCCUAUGCAAGCAUGCCAGCCCUCACCCGAAGGCUCAGUCCUAUGCAAGCAUGCAACCCUCACCCGAAGGCUCAGUCCUAUGCAAGCAUGCAACCCUCACCCGAAGGCUCAGUCCUAUGCAAGCAUGCCAACCUUUUACCGAAGCCUCAGUCCCAUGGAAGCAUGCCAACCUCCACCCGAAGCCUCAGUCCCAUAG